UGCGCGCCCGGCCCGUUCGUUCCCCCGCAAUCAAAUCGGCUCAAAUCUAAAUCUCCCACCUCUCUCACUACCGGCGACCGGCGGUGGCCGAGGCCGACGGAGGGCAUCUACGAGGUCAACCAGCUGCGGCGCGGAGCGGAGAUCCGCACGCAGGCGCUCAAGUCCUCUCCCAGAGGAGGAAGAAACAUAUUCAGUUCCUCGUCCCCCGUUCCCCCUUCUCCGCCGCCGCCGCAGCCUCCCGGGACGGCUUCAUUUCCGGCGGGAUCAACGCACGCGCGCAUGGCUUCUCCGCGCCACAUCCCCGACGCCGCCGGAUCCGUAUAGAUUCUCCACCACUACCCAUGGAAACUUGCGACAAAGAGAACAUCUGCCAUGACCAAGAGAACAGCACGCUGCGCGCGGAGGGGACUGUCUCUACAAAGAGGAAGAAGAAGCUUGGGGGUUUCAACCUCAGGAAGAGCAUAGCAUGGAACCCUGCUUUCUUCACCGAAGAAGGUGUUUUGGACAACACGGAGCUCUCUGUGCUCAGCGGCUCCCAAAUGAAGCCAAGCAGGAGCCCUGGCCCAGGGGUCGGUGGUGCUACUGCUUCCCCAUUCUGUAGGUUUGGGAGAUCCGGCAGUGCAUCCGUGCUGAAGGAAGUCGCUGAGGACUCCCGUGGCAAAUUGUUUGUCAAGUAUCGGACUGCCGAGAACAAGGGAAGGAAAUUGUUUUCUCCUGCAAAAACUUCUGACUCGGAUGAGCUUGCGGGAACACAGGAUAAAAGGUCUGCUCGAAGCAUCCAAAAGUGCAUACCACGGUCACCAGCUGGAUAUGCAACGAAGAAGGUGCCAAACUUAAGUGCUACAGCUCAGAUGUUAAGAACACCGAAAAAGUCCCAACCUUCUAUUCCCGUGGUCCCAACAAGUGCCUCAUCGUCGAGAAACGUAUCUAAACUAAGCAAGAUGUUACCUCCAGUUAAAACUGAGCGCAGACCUAGAGUGGACGGACUGCAGCUUAAAUCGAAGAUCAAGCCUACAUCUUCAACUAAAUCUUUUGGACCAAACAUAGAGAAGGAUGUGGUGCCUGCUGUUACCGCCAUCCAUGAAGAAGCCAGUGGUUCUAGGAAAUGUGAAAGUUUUUCAACAUAUUCACAAAAUAAGCCAUCCAGUUCGGCUGGUGUCCCCACGUCAACUUUUGCUAAGCCAUCAGCACUACGCAUGCCUUCACCUUCAGUCGGUUUUUUCGCUCAGGGAAAGCCUUCUGUCAAUAUUUCUCAAGGAAAUGCAAAGAGCUCCUUGGCUGGAAAUACUUCAUCACUUUCAAAGCCUCCUAGAUAUAGGCAGCCCGAGGAUCCAAAAAGCAGACUCUGGCAUGCUCCUGUGUCGACUGGCGAUACUGCUCAAGGAAAUUCAAAGAACUGCUUUACUGGAAAUACAUCAUCACUUUUAAAGCCUCCUAGAUACAAGCAGCCUGAUGAUUUUAAAAGCAGACACUAUCUAACGAAGGAGCUGCCAACCAAUUGCCCUGCUACUUUGAAGCCUCCUGUGCAUCCUGUAACUAAUGAGAGCACUCUCAACACUUUGGACUCUUCAUUGCCUGGUCUGCAGCAUGCUAAUGUGUGUUCUGGGAAAGAAUCCUCGUCAAAAGGUAUAAUAACAUACUCCGCAAAAUUGAGAAAUACAAAUACUGAACCGAUGCGAAAUGUCAAUUGCUUCUCUGGUGGAAGUGGAGCUAGUUCACUGCCAUUGAGUUCAGAACAGAAUGUUGUGCCAAAUUCGUUAAGUGAUGCAUUACAAGUAGAAGGAAGGGGCAUUAUCAACCGAACUGAACCUAUUGAGGAUUCAGACUAUGUUAAAGCUAUUUGCCCCUCAAACAUUGAGCCUGCUGAUGAUUCCUGCUCUCGUGAAGCUAAACUGUCAUCUUCUUGCAUUUCUUCUCAAGUGCGCACCCUUGAUGAUCCCAAGUGUCAAAGCAAGUUAGACAAUUGUGCCAGUGUAGCAAUUGACAUGGAAAUGUCUCUUGCUGGAGAGACAGCGGUGGCAGUUUCUUUGUUAGAAGACAACAAUCACACUCCAGGUCCUGACUUCUUGUGUGACUUCGAUUCCUGCAAACAGUAUAGUACUGAAGGCUCCACUCUGAAGGAAACAGUGGAGUCUCCAGUAUGUGCAGAUGGGGUGGAACAGUGUGGUAAUUCAAUUGAUAUAAAACCAGCUUUAGUUGACAGUACAACAGAUUUACAUGGUUCUUUGUGUAAUGAAGAACGACCUACUUCAUCAGAAGAACCAGGUACUGAUGGCGGAGUGGAGCUUGACGUAGAUAGUUCACAUGUUGGCGAGGAAGUUCAGUUGUUAAUAGGGUGUGAGUGUGACGGUGAUUAUAGGUGUACAAAAUGCCCCCCUAUGGAACCUACAACACCUAUGCCUCGUGCAGACUUUGGUGAUUCAAUAGAAGUUACAAUCGACAGUAACACAGAAGUACAUGAUUCUUUCCCAGUGGAAGAACUACAUGUUUUAUCGGAAGAACCAAAUACUGAAGACGAUAUGGAACUUGACACAAAUGAGUUGUCAGCUCCAGAGGAUGCAUCGCCUAAAGGAAAGAAUAAGUCAGUGAAAAAAUCAGGCAAGAAUACUAUCAUUAAAGAUCAUCUAAAACAGUUGGUACCAUUCACGGAAGAAUGGCUUGCUGCCAUGGAGGCUUGUGGUGAGGAAGUUUUGGAACAGAAGAGUGGAGCUGUGCAGAAUUCUCCUACAGACAAAGCUGUUCCAGAACCCAAUCCAUGGUCACCGGUUAAGCGGAAAGCUCAAGAUGUUGGUCCAUUUGAUUGUACCAAGUACUCCAAAACCGUGCCAGCAUCUGACACUCCUUAACCCUGCACUUGACCUUCUCUUGAGGCCAGCAUACACGUUGUAUACAAGAACAGAGCACCGCCAUGAGUUUUAUUCUCUGGCACUGAAUCUCAUUUUGUGUUUGUGCUUUCAGCAACCUCGUUGAAGUGGUUUCCUUUUUCUGUUACCUUUAUUCUUUCCACGAAUUGUAAAAUCAGCACUAUUGGGAUCACGCCACAAGCACAGCUUGUGUGUAGUAAAUAAUAAAGAUGGCAAUUUUCAUUC